GGCGCAUGCGCUGAGCGGCCUGUCUGGGUGGAACACCAUGGCGUGGGUGCCCGCGGAGUCUGCGGUGGAGGAGUUGAUGCCGCGGUUGUUGCCGGUGGAGCCCUGCGAUCUGACCGAAGGGUUCGACCCCUCCGUCCCCCCGAGGACGCCUCAGGAGUAUCUGAGACGCGUGCAGAUCGAAGCAGCUCAAUGUCCAGAUGUUGUGGUAGCUCAGAUUGACCCAAAGAAGUUGAAAAGGAAGCAAAGUGUAAAUAUCUCUCUUUCAGGGUGCCAGCCUGCUCCUGCGGGGUACUCCCCCACACUUCAGUGGCAGCAGCAGCAAGUGGCACAGUUUUCAGCUGUUCGACAGAGUGUGAACAGAAAUAGAACUCACUGGAAAUCACAACAGUUGGAUAGCAAUGUGUCUAUGCCCAAACCUGAAGAUGAAGAAGGCUGGAAAAAAUUUUGUCUGGGCGAAAGGCUGUGUGCUGAAGGGGAUGUCGGACCAGCUACAAGUGAAAAUCCUGGAAUAGAUUAUAUUCAAAUUGGCUUUCCCCCUUUGCUUAGUAUUGUUAGCCGAAUGAAUCAGGCGACGGUAACUAGUGUCUUGGAAUAUCUGAGUAAUUGGUUUGGAGAAAGAGACUUUACUGCAGAGCUGGGAAGAUGGCUUUAUGCUUUAUUGGCUUGUCUUGAAAAGCCUUUAUUACCUGAGGCACAUUCACUGAUUCGGCAACUUGCGAGAAGGUGCUCUGAAGUAAGGCAGUUAGUGGAUAGCAAAGAUGAUGAGAGGGUUCCUGCUUUGAAUUUAUUAAUCUGCUUGGUUAGCAGGUAUUUUGACCAACAUGAUUUAGCUGAUGAGCCAUCUUGAUAUAGCUGGUCUCUCCGGGAGUAGAAGACAUUUCGCUGAAGGCAGCCUAAGCCUGGGGAAGUGCUACAUCACUUCAGGCAUGGAUCUUACCACAUCACACACACUGUGGGAAGAGGCCACAGCGUAACCUGAGCCACUCAAAUCGAUUUUCAGAAGACAGACUGUAUUGCUUUAGCUAUCUGAAGUUUGAAAAUCCUGCCCAGUUUUUUGGUCAAUAGUUUCUAGAAACUUUCUGCAGUCAUAUGCUUUUAAAGCAAGUUUAGUGCCAUUUUUUUGGUGAAACACGAUGCACAGAAACUAGGAUGAAAUUUUACAAAUGUAUUUGGUGCUAUUUUCGUUAUUUACUUACUAGGUAUUUUGACAUAAUAUUUUAUAGAAAAUAUAUUUUGGUUAAUAAAAAUUUGCUUGACUCUUGAAGAAAAGAGUUGGAAUUAAGUGCCUGAGGCUCAGAGGUUCUCGGUUUAAUUUGUGGCACCAUCAUAAACCAGAGCUGAGCAGUGCUGUGGAUAAGAGAAUAUGCUUUUUGUUUUGUUUUGUUU